GCCCGGCCCCGAGGACGUGAAGCCCAUCGACCUGACGGUGCAGGUGGAGCUCGGCGGGGGCGAGGCGCCGGCGCGGCUGGCGGGCGAGGAGGGCGCGGCCGAGGGCGGCUCCGCGGACCACUCGUACUCGCUGUCGUCGGGCACCACGGCCGAGGAGCUGCUGCGCAAGCUGAACGAGCAGCGGGACAUCAUCGCCCUGCUGCAGGUGAAGAUGAAGGAGAUGAAGGGCAGCAUCCGCCGCCUGCGCCUGGCCGAGGCCCAGCUCCGCGAGGAGAUCCGCGAGAAGGACCGGCUGCUGCACGCCGCCAGCGCCGGGGCCCGCAAGCGGCCCGGCCUCUGAGAGCCCGAGAUCCCCGGCCUGUGGGGUCCUGGCAGCCCAGCCUGCUGCUCACAGCCCCGGCGCCCGCCCAGGGACCAGCCCCCACAGCCUGGGCAGGGUCACAUAGGGAUAAACUCAUUGACUGCCAACCUCUUAAUGGGAGCCCUUACCAGGGCGCUGUCCUCUCCCUCCUGGCUGCGCCAGCCCCACCCGCCUGAGCACUGCUGGGUGCCGGAGUGGGGAGGGGACGCUGGCUGCCCACUGCAUUUCCAGCCCCAUGACACUGUGCUUCGAAUAUAGGUGGCAGCCAUUGCCCUCUUGGUGCGAGGGCUCCCAGUGCUGCUGGUUCAGGAGGAGCUGUCCCUGUGUUGUGACAGCAUUUGCAAAACUUUUCUAGAUGGGACCCAUGUUACCACUAAGUGGAUGUAGGGUGAUGAGCAUCAGCAACUGAACAAAACUUGGUACAAUGUUAACUUGGGUAGCAGUCUUGUUACUCCCUGCCAAAGCAUGUUUAAAACCAUGACUGGUGCAGUGUCCGCCGUAGAAGUGAAAACCAGUGUUCUGUUUGGCCUCCUUAAGCAAAGACAUGAGAAAACUUUAGAAGCCCUGUCAGCGUGAUGCUUCUUCAGUAAAUUACUGAUGCUUUUAGAGACUGCCAUUUCACCUGUGAAAGAAUCCCUUCAAAUUAAAGAGUGCUACUGUAUGGUGUAGUCAUUGCUCUCUUUGCAUUACACAUGUAGUUUUUACAGAUGCCUUGAAGCUCUCGACACCGACAAGGAUUAUUCUGAUCUGGUAUAAUGGCUUCAUACCUUGUUCACAUUCAGUGGCUACAGCUUGUCUCAUUGGCUUAAACAUUUGACGCCUCAAAUGUAACUGACAGGCAUAUUGGUCUUUAAAACCCUAGCUUUUUCACAAAGACCUGGGUUGAAAUUUUGGCUUAAAUCACAAGUAAAAUGAGUUUAAUCUCCAGUGACUCUGCAAAUCCUUGUUGCUUGCUUGUAAUCUACUUGGCAUGACUAGUUUUGGAUUAGGGGAGACCUCCAACUGGAAUAUCCUGGCAUUGCUCCAGGAUUGAGAAGCAUUAUAAUCCAUCAGUAUGGGAUGCUUGCACUGUCUCUGGAACUAGCCAGUGUUAGUCCCCCACUUUUCAUGGAUAAUAAAACAAACCUCUCCAGAAAAAUUGUGUGUAGGGGGGAGAGGUGACACUACCACAGUUUGGACUGAGCAUCUGCUUCCAGUAACUUUUAAAUAAUGAUUAGAAAGCCAGUGAAACUGGUAACUCAGUGCUCCUGGUAGGGUCUGAUACACCUGAAUGGCUCCACCUUGAUGCUUAUAUUUAAUGCUUUGCAUUUGAACAGUGAUACGCUUUAGGAAAGAACAAUUCACCAAAAGCGUGCCCUAUAAUUACAUCAGAAAAUGCCCAGACUCUGUGUUUCAGCGGAGGGGGGGGGGGGGGGGAGAAGGGAGUUAAAUGGACUAACUACAGGUUUGAGAUUUUAAGAUCAUUCUCUUGUAAUUAGAGUAUAUUACACUCCAGAGUGGAUUGGGCUGCAGAUUUUACUAGAUUUUAUACACCUUUUCUAAAUGUAAAAAUCAUCUUUAGUUGGGAAAUGCUGAAAUCUUUGUAACACUGGCUAACUUUUAGCUGGCCAACUGUCCAGUUCAUUCUGUCCCCACAGCUGGCAUUACUAAAUCUGAAGGGUGCACGGGGGACUUACAGGAGUGUAAUAUGCCCAGCUGCCAUUCAGUAUCCAGACAGCUAAGCUAGAUUUCAGUAGGUGCAGUUGAUACUAUGAUGAGUGGGUCAGUUCUCUUAACUUGCGUAUUGACUCAGCUGGUUGACCAGGAAGGUGAUAGAGAUCUAUUCCUGUACUAAAAAUAUGUAUAAAUUAAAAUGAAAUUAUUUUUCCAAUCUGAUACCUGGCCCAGACUGUAGCUACCUAAUGUGCAGACUUCAGUGCAAGUCACAACUGCGUCAAGUUUUCAUGGGGGAAGGACUGGCAAACAUGUUUGCAACACUGUGUUGGAUUUAACUCAUGUAACAUGGUCAAUCGAUCUCACUUUGAUAGCUAUACUUCCAUCAAGACAAUAGGCAGCACAAUGUCUCUUUCUCGCGUAUUGUAAAUGAGACUAUUUGUGCCUCCUAGCUGCCUGAGAGUGUUUAGAAUGUGCGUGUUGUAAUAGUCAUGGUACUUUUCUACCAUUGUAAUGCACUUCAGGACGUUCAGCUAUUUGGAGUGCUGGACUGGUUAACUACUGGACUGUUCCAUUUCUCCAGGUUACACUGAGGUGCUAACAUGCCUAAUUUUAAUAAAGUCUAUUUUGUUUUGUUAUGUUUCC